UCCUUGUCGUCAAGCAAAGUGCCUAAAAGUUGUCAGCCCUGUGCCACCAGCGCCAAACCUCAUCUCCUCGGCAGAACUCCAAACUAUCGUUCAUGGAUCUAUCUCCAUGUUAGCCCGAGAAAGCGAUGCGGUAUCCCCGCGGUUAGGGCGUGCAGUUCCUCGUGUCUCGUGCGCGCUCGUGGCAUUUUUUCCAUCGCCUUGAAAAAAAAAAAAAAAAAACACUAAAAUCCGCUGUAACAAGUACCGAGUGAUGACCCUCAACAGUGAAAAUCAGUGAACAAGUGUUUAAAAAAAUAAUAAUAAAGAGAGCUCUGCCAUAGAAACUCGAGAUAUUCACCCUCUCCCCCUCCACCCCAAAAACGCAUUCGUUGAAUUAAAAUUGUUUGGGUGACGACGUAUUUGUUAUCUCUCUCUUCCCCCUCUAGUUCGCACUCAUAUUAUUAUUUUUUUUCUCUCUCCCAGUGGAUUGCGCGCAUUGGUUUGUGUGUGGUGCGAAGGCAAGUUCGUCGGACCGUGUCGGCGACGCGGUACACGGAGGUGAAUGCACGACGGAGGUGUCCCCCCUGUACUCCCCACCUCCAUACGUGAGUGUGUGCGCGCGCGAGAACGCCAGCAAAGUUAAAUUUGAGAAGAAAAAAAAAAAAGAAAAAAAAAUCCGAAAAACACAAGCCCAAAGACCCGAAAUAUCCCCCUCCAAAGAAAAAAAAUAAUAAUAAUAACAACAACAAUAACAAUAACCAUAAAAAUUCCGAAAAGUCCGAAACCUACGCAGUACUCGACCCUGGGAAUUUAUCAAUAAUCGCAACUCCGUCGUUAAAAUUGUUGACGUUUGGAGGUGCUCCACAUACCGACAAAAUAGCAACAACGCCUCCCCCCCACAAUCUCCAUUUCCCUCGCAACAGAGUGUGCCUCCCCUUCCCCUCGUGAUCCCCUCCCCGUCUUCUCCUCCAGUCACCAGAAAACAAAAAAAAAUGUGUGAAAAAUGCAUGGUUGAUAGUUGGUAACGAAAACAAGUGGAAUAACCAGAGUGCUUUCAGUGAGUGAACAAUCCUCGAGGUGUUGAGAAUCCGGGCAAGGCCGACGUAGUUGCUGGAUAAUCGAGCCCCGGGGACAGUAGACAGGUGGAAGUGAGUGGUGAAAAUUCAAGAGAAAAAAAGUUGAUGCCACGUUUUGUUGUUAUUUUGCUGUGGUGCUUUUGACCCUUUGGCGGGCGAGUUCAAUAGAGGAAUUGCCGCGGGGGUGUUCGGUGCUUUCGUGCGUAGCGACGCAAACGGUCACGAUCGCCGUCAUCCCCCUAUUGUCCCCCUCCCUCCCUUUCCUCCCCCUCAGCCUCUAUUACCCCCUAUUCCCCUCGAUAUCCCCGCUAUUUCUCCGCAACUCUCUCCUCCUCAGUUCGUCUCAAUUUCUCGGAUUUACAACACCAAGAGAAACGAAAAUUCAGUGUGUCGUGGUGGUUGGCGAGUUGUUGUGGAAAAAGUGGGUUGCUGUGAAUCAAAGGUGAGGAGUUGAUGAGGCAAGUGAGAGCAAAUGCACCCGGUGGACAGUGAAAGGGAACAAGAGGAACAAGAGGGCAUUGAGGAUAAAUUAUCCAAGGAGAGGGGAUACGUUGUUGCUGACUCCGGGCCAGAGACGCGACAAAAUUGUACCACGUGAUUCGUUGUCAGGCAGAAUAAACGUUGGAGGCAUGCUCUCGUUUGUGUCUCAUAUCGUCAUAACCUGUUCUUGAUAAGACCCACAAUAAUUGACGGCUUUAUUUCAGGUGGCAUUAAUCACGGGGAUUUGCUGUUUUUCGUGAUAACACCUGGGGCAUGAGUUUCGGGCGCGUCGCGCGUCCCUCGUAAUGUCGCCCGUCCGUCACUAUCGCCUUUAGUCGGUGAUAUUUACCCGGGAAAUUGGUGAUUUUACUCUGGUAAACGAGAGUUACACUUGGUGUUUGUGAAAUCAACGACAGUUGAAGUGAAAUUGGGAAUUUUAGCCAGUGGCCGAGGUGCGGUGAUUACUUGUUUACUGUGGGUGAUUUUUUUUUUUGUUGUUCAGUGCAGUGUUCAUCGGUUUUUGUUCGUUGAUGUGGAUUAAGUGGUGACGGAGAGACGUCGAUUGCUGUGUGAAAGAUCCAACCGUGACACCAAGAGGGGAGGUAACAGGAUAUUGUUCACCGACACAAGUGAAUAACAUCUACGACAUUUCGUAUGCAAUCUAAGGCCAGUAGAAAGGGCGAAGGCCGUGGCCGGGGGUAUAGCAGGAGAAAAUUAUAUCCAAGACGUAAUAAAUCAUCAGUGCGAUCAUCGCAGUGUUGGUUGGUAACCGAUAACCAUCGGACUUUGGUGAAAUUAAUGUCAAAGUGAUCACGAUAAUUGGGGUAUCAGUGGACAGGUGUGGGGAUAAGGAUUGUCCAGUGAAUUCAACUUGUUGGAGUGGAUUUAACUAUUUUAAUUGGUGUUGAUGUGCGGGUGAUUUUCGUGAAUUUAUUGGGAGUUUGAUGGGUGGUGAGGUCCAUGUUGUGAGCUUUUGGAGAUCUGCCGCUGGCAGUGGUUAAAAAGUGGGUCCGUUGGUAUGGAGUAUGGCGGCGGCGCCGGUGGAGGCCGCGGGGGCGUCCAGCAAACCACUGGCGCACGCGGUAUCACAGGCACCGAUACGACCGACGCCGCGUGGCACAAACAUGAGCAAAUGAUACUCAUGGAGUCCUCCAGGCACAAGCAACAAUUGAGUGGGAGAACGGGUACCGGUGGUGCACCAUUGUACGGACGUCUUGUAGCCGAGGAACCAGCAGUAUGUGGUACAGGUGCUGGGGGUGUCCCCCAGGAAACUCCAGCGGAUAUUCACGCUAUGCAGGCGAGGAUACCCCACAGGUUUCGAGAUCCAGCGACUGCUCCUCUGCGAAAGCUCAGUGUUGACCUCAUAAAGACCUACAAACACAUCAACGAGGUUUACUAUGCGAAGAAGAAGAGGAGAGCGCAACAGAUGCAGGGUGAGGAUGGAUCGCACAAGAAGGAGAGAAAACUCUACAACGACGGAUGGGACGACGACAACCACGACUACAUCAUCAAGAAUGGUGAAAAGUUUUUGGAUCGAUAUGAGAUUGAUUCGUUAAUAGGUAAAGGUAGCUUCGGCCAAGUAGUGAAAGCAUUUGACCACGAGGAGCAGGCACAGGUAGCAAUAAAAAUCAUCAAGAAUAAAAAACCCUUCCUCAACCAAGCGCAAAUCGAAGUUAGGUUAUUAGAAAUGAUGAAUAGAGCGGAUACCGACAACAAGUAUUAUAUAGUUAAACUGAAAAGGCACUUUAUGUGGCGAAAUCAUUUGUGUCUGGUGUUCGAGCUACUGUCUUAUAACCUCUACGACCUACUUAGAAAUACGAAUUUCCGUGGGGUGUCAUUGAACCUCACGAGAAAAUUUGCGCAACAACUGUGUACUGCCCUCCUGUUCCUGUCCACACCGGAAUUGAACAUCAUUCACUGUGAUCUGAAGCCAGAGAAUAUUCUUCUUUGCAAUCCUAAGAGGAGUGCGAUCAAGAUCGUCGAUUUUGGGAGUUCGUGUCAGCUAGGACAGAGGAUAUACCAAUAUAUACAAUCUAGGUUUUAUCGAUCACCCGAGGUUUUACUCGGUAUUCCUUAUGAUCUGGCGAUAGACAUGUGGAGUUUGGGGUGUAUUCUAGUGGAAAUGCAUACAGGGGAACCUCUCUUCAGCGGGGCUAACGAGGUCGAUCAGAUGAAUAAAAUAGUGGAGGUGCUGGGUAUGCCACCGAAGCACAUAUUGGACCAAGCGCACAAAGCGCGGAAGUACUUUGACAAACUCCCAACGGACGGUUCUUACGUACUGAAAAAAUCCAAGGACGGUAAAAAGUACAAAUCCCCUGGUUCCCGAAGACUGCACGAUAUACUGGGAGUUGAGAGUGGUGGUCCAGGUGGUAGAAGGUUAAAUGAACCAGGCCACUCAAUAUCCGACUACCUCAAGUUCAAGGAUCUUAUACUUAGAAUGUUGGAUUUUGAUCCGAAGACGAGGGUGACGCCUUUUUACGCGUUACAGCACAAUUUUUUCAAGAGAACGGCCGAUGAGGGGACCAACACAAAUAUUGCUGCUGCCAAUAGUGCUAAUACGAGUCCAGCGGUGGUUGCUAUGAGCCAGGACAGUGGACUGGUAACAAUGUCAGGGCAGGGUAGUGGCAGUAGUAGCAGCUUGAUGCAAGUGCCAAGCCUACCUGGUGGCUAUCAGCCGAUGGAUUGUGAAUCAUCACCACGUCAAUGUGGUAAUCGUCGUGUUAAUAUGACAUGUUAUCCAUCAACACCAGCCACUGAGGUGCCAACAACCUCAGCCCCGACGUCCAUACAGUCAAUGGACAAUUCACGGAUAAGCUCUCUUGGCACUUACAACAGCCUCAUUCUCCCUGGUAUGGGGCAUUUACCAGCCAUGAUGACAUCACCUAUGAUACCACAACAAAAUUAUUACAACUACAGUUAUACGGGCAAUGAUGCCCAUGGUAUUGUGAGACAACCAACGUCGGUUGCAACGAGCAAACAGAGAGAUCCUGAACGCGAGGACAGUCCAAUGGUUGGUGUUUGUGUACAACAGAGUCCAGUUGCUAUACACUGAAAUUAAUUUUUCAUUAAUUAUCCGUACAACUGGCAUUUCAAUUUUUCGAAUAGGAAAGGGAAAGGGUGACAAAUUCAACAUGAAAAUUCAACAAAUUCUUUGGUAACAUGUUUAGAAAAUAAUAAACGUUGAUCUUCAUGGUGAAGACUAUUGACGAGACAUGUAGAUCAAUCUUGAUGAUUGUUUACAAUAGAUAUGACAAUGGUAAGCCUCGAACAGACUCGAGGUGCAUCGACAAUGAUUCAUGGAAUGACUUGAAUGAGUUGGAAAUUGGUUUUUGUUUUUUAGGGGAGAAGGGAUUGGGUGGAGACGGUAUUGAUAGAUAUUUUUUUUUUUUUCUCAUUUUAACAAUGUGACGAAGGCCCCGACGUUGGGCGUGACGUGGAGCAUGUAUAAAUACGAUGGAAAAACCAGGGGGAGGAUUGAACGGCCUAGUGAGGAUGAACCCAACUGGCCUCUCGGGCCCCGCCCGAUUAACAAAACAGACACUUUAAAAAUCACGUUUAGUCGGUAUCCAUUAAGUAAAAACCAUGAAAAAUUCAAUGAGAUCAAGUUAUAAUAAACGAAUAAACCACAAAUGAAAUGGCAUCAGUUAUUGUGUGGCCUAGAGAGCAAAAAAAAAAGUGAUAACUACUAUUAUUGGAUAAAUAAAAAGAAUUAUAUAUAUAACAAUGUAACCAUGUACUCCGAUAGAGUUUUAUACACGAUGUCACGAAUGUAAUGGUUUUUAGCAAAUAAUUGUCAUGAGACAGACGCAUUGAAUGCUAGUUAUUUGUACAAUACACCUAGGUGAAUGAUAUAAAAUAAAACAAGAGUGCAGCUUUAGGGUUUAGCUUUUAACUAUUAAAGUAAUGGAGAUAAAUAAUUGAUUAAAACGUGUGAAACUCGACUCUUUUAUUUACUUGGAUAAAGAAAAAAUUCUGGAAGAGUGAGUUUUGGAAUGAGACAA